AUGGCAGGAGGUAGGAACGAUCGUGCAAUCGCUGAUGCUCUUCAAGCGAUGGCUCAGGCUCUGGGUAAUAUGAACCAACAACCAGAGGUAGAUUGGCUGGAGAGAUUCCAGCGAAAUAAUCCACCAAGCUUCCGUGGGAUUUAUAAUCCUGAUGAAGCUGCUGACUGGAUUUUUGAAGUUGAAAAGAUAUUCCAAGCUAUGGGAUGUCCUUUGAUACAGAAGGUGACUUUGGCUACCUUCAUGCUUUCUGGUGAGGCUGGCAUCUGGUGGCAAGGUACUUUAAAAAGAAUGAUAGCUACAGGUACCCAAGUGAACUGGGAGAAUUUCAAGCGGCUAUUCUUGGAGAAAUACUUUCCCCAAGAUGUGAGACAUAAGAAACAGGUGGAAUUCCUUGAAUUGAAGCAAGGAGAUGAUUCUGUGGCUGAGUAUGUGACUAAGUUUGAAGACUUGGUCAGAUUUUGUCCCAUGUAUGAUGGUGUGGGCAAUGAGGAGGACAAAUGUGCACCUUCAUGGUGUCGAGCAUACUCAAAUCAGGGGCCCUUGGUCUCACUUGUGCUGGGCAUAGGAUUGGUGACAUCAGGCAUGAGGAGAGAGAAAAGUCUUGGACUUGGUCACGCUGGACGUGGGUUGAAUAACAUCGAGUGUGAGAUGAGAGAAUUGUCUCAGAUUUGGUGA